ACAUGAAUUUAAUUAUUUAUUCACUCAACACCUUUCUCUCUCUCUAGAAAAAAUUGGGAUCACUUUCUUUACACACUCGUUCUCUCUCUAGAACAAACAACAUGUCGAUUUCUUCGUCGAAAAAAUCCUUCCUCUCGCGCCGGUCGUUCUCGUUGACGAUCUCCAAAUCGCUGCGCGAAUUCAGGUUCUCGCAGCCGGUGCAUAGCAGCAAUGAUCGCCGCGACGACGAUCGCCGGACCGGCGCCGAUCUGCCGGAAAGUUCGGAUCUUGAGGCGGCGAGUGGAGUUUCCUGGUCGACAAUGUUGCCGGAGCUGCUCGGAGAGAUUAUUCGGCGGUUGGAAGAUAGCGAGGAUCGCUGGCCGCAACGACGGAACGUCGUCGUUUUUGGUUGCGUUUGUAAGAGGUGGAGAGAGGUUACGAAGGAUAUUGUUACGACGCCCUUUCAAAGUGGCAAGAUUACUUUCCCUUCUUGUCUUAAGCAGCCUGCUCCCCGUGAACUUCCACUUCAAUGUCUAAUAAAAAGAAACAAGAAGAAUGGAAUAUUUUACCUUUCACUUGCCCUUACACCUUCAUUUACAGAUAAGGGUAAGUUUCUAUUGGCAGCACGUAGGUACAGGCAUGGAGCUAACACCGAGUACAUAAUAUCUCUUGAUGCUGAUGACCUAUCCCAAGGAAGCAAUGCAUAUGUUGGUAAAUUAAGUUCGGAUUUCCUUGGAACCAACUUUACUAUCUAUGAUAGCAAGCCUCCUCACAGUGGUGCAAAGCCAUCGAGCAGCAGAGGUGGCCGUCGUUUUGCAAGUAAGCAAAUAAGUCCCCAAGUUCCUGCAGGGAAUUUUGAAGUCGGCCAGAUCUCGUACAAGUUCAAUUUAUUGAAAUCAAGAGGACCUAGGAGGAUGAUAUGUUCACUCAAAUGCCCUUGUUCAGAUGGAACUGCAGCUCACAGACCUGAGGAUGAUUUCAGAAUAAAGGCGCCCGAUUCUGCUGCUUUUGGACAAACAGCUUUAAGAAAUAAAGCUCCAAGGUGGCAUGAACACUUGCAAUGCUGGUGCUUAAAUUUUCAUGGUCGGGUUACAGUUGCAUCUGUGAAGAACUUUCAACUAGUUGCAACAUUAGAUCAAAGCCAGCCAGGAGGGAAAGGUGAUGAGGAAACAGUGCUCUUGCAAUUCGGGAAGGUAGGGGAUGAUACUUUUACGAUGGAUUACAGGCAGCCAUUGUCAGCAUUUCAGGCAUUUGCCAUCUGUCUAACCAGUUUCGGCACAAAACUGGCAUGCGAAUAACUCAUUUCCUCCUGUAUGUAACUGUUGAUCACUAAUUAUGACAAGCUUGUGUUGUUGCAGAAACACUUUGUUUAUUUUGUUAGAUGAACUCCGCACUUUUGGGUUGUGUUGUUUUGCCUGAUGAAAUGUGUAUAUAUCAUACCGGGAUAAAUGCUUUGUUUGAA